AUGUCCCACAGCCACUCACAUGAAGGCGCGUCGCAUUCGCAUGCCGCCGCAGAUCACGGUCAUACACAUGAGAUCCUCGAUGGACCAGGAAGCUACCUGGGGCGCGAGCUGCCCAUAAUUGAAGGAAGAGACUGGGAGGACCGAUCUUUCACCAUUGGAAUUGGAGGACCCGUAGGCUCCGGAAAGACGGCGCUCAUGCUAGCCCUCUGCAAACACCUCCGAACGCGAUUCUCUAUAGCUGCAGUAACAAACGAUAUCUUCACCCGGGAAGACUGCGAGUUUCUGACCAAGAACAAUGCCUUGCCCGCUGAGCGCAUUGUCGCUGUCGAAACAGGAGGUUGCCCCCAUGCCGCUGUGCGCGAAGACAUCUCCGUCAACCUCAUGACCCUCACAAACCUACACCAGAAGUUCAACACCGACCUCCUCCUCAUCGAGUCUGGCGGCGACAACCUCGCUGCAAACUACUCGCGCGAACUUGCUGACUUCAUCAUAUAUGUCAUCGAUGUAUCGGGCGGUGACAAGAUUCCCAGGAAGGGUGGACCAGGCAUCACGCAAUCAGACCUGCUGGUCGUGAACAAGAUCGACCUCGCCGAGGCUGUCGGCGCCGACCUGGAUGUUAUGGACCGGGAUAGCAGAAGAAUGCGCGAGGGUGGCCCUACCAUCUUCGCUGUGGUCAAGAGGGACCAGGGUGUGGAUGCUAUUGUCGACUUGAUCCUGUCUGCAUGGAAGGCUUCAGGUGCAGGCCAGGCAAGGAAGGACAAGUUCGAGCCUACGCUGAUGGAAUAG